AGAAGAUUAGUAUGUCAGCCUCUUUAGAACCCAAGAUUUCAAGAACAUCAUCACUUGAUGAUAAAUAAGACAACGUCCUUUAAUAAAGCAAAAUUGAAAAUUUGAUUCAAAAGAAGGAUAAUAACAAUCUCUACAAACUAUUGAAGAAAAACAAAAAGAGCAGGUAUAUACUUAACAUAUUUGUUAAAGAACAUCAUAUAAAAAAUUAAAGUACGAUGGGAUUAUCUAUAAAAUUGGUUAGAAUCUCUGUAUUAAAGCAGAUAGAAGAGUAGAUUAUGUUGCUAAACUCAUUAAGAUUGUCAAGCUUGUUGAUAAUAAUGAUGAAAUUUACCCUUUAAUAAAAGUUCAAUGGUAUUAUAGAAAAUUUGAAUUGGGAGAUUUACCAAUGAAUUAUAUGGAUUAUAUUUCAGAGAAUGAAGUGUUCAAGACAAAUGAGUAUGACUAUAUUGAGAUUGAAAGCAUAGUGAGUUUAGCUUCUAUUCUUACUUAUCAGGAAUUUGAUAAAUUAGAAACGAUGAAUGAUACAACUUAUUUUAUGAGAGCGGCUUAUAUAAAUAGAACUUUUUAACCUCCAAUAGAAGAAUGGGCAACUACAUGCAUAUGUUAAAAACCUCCAAAUCCAGAUUUGAAGUAAUUUAAAUAAUUAAAGAUUUUAAGGUAUAUAUAAUGUGAGGCAUGCUAAGGAUGGUGCCAUCUGAAAUGUGUAGAUUUGACCAAAGAAAAAGCAAAAAAAUUACUAAACUUUGUUUGUCCAAAAUGUUAGUAAUGAAAGUGAUUGUAGCU